AUGCUACUGCACCAAUCUUUGAGCCUGGCACUUGUCGUAAGCGUCGCCUCUAGCUCCGCUGCCGCAGACUCGACAUGUUAUUAUCCGAACGGUGAAAAAAACAAUGGCGGAGCCUGCGACGCAAACGCGGAAGUGUCUGUGUGCUGUGGACCAACAUUUGUUUGUUUAGGCAAUGGUCUCUGUCAAGUUGGUCCGGAUACUCGACGAACGUACGGAUACGAAUUCUAUCGCAGUGGCUGUACAGAUGCAUCCUUCAACUCUUCAUCAUGUCCCCAAAUCUGCACAGGCUCGGGCUAUAGUAAUGACCGUGGGCAAGGCGUUAAGAAAUGUGGCGAUAAUUCUUACUGCUGUGGAGGGUCUGGAGAUUGUUGCAGCAACUCGGCCAACAUCUUCACCCUUGAUGCUGCCGAUGUCAUCGCUACCAUCUCUCCGUCUUAUGACUUCUCGACAGUAUCAUCUACAACCACAGCCCCCACUUCUGCCAAUGCAACGCCAAGCAGCGAACCAAUGCUGGUGAAUAAUCAUCAUCGUUCGCUGGCGAUAGGUCUGGGCGUUGGUAUUGGCGUUGGAGGAUUCCUUCUCAUAGCUCUCGCAGUUCUUUAUAUACUAAAGCGCAAAGCUAAGACCAAAGCAAAUGGCGGCUAUCAAAAAGAAGAGGAAAUCUCUGAGUUGGACGCCUCGUGGACGCCGCAGUUGCCGGAAGCAUCACCUACAGCUGCCAAGGCGGGCUACACAGCGCCAGGAGAUGGAGUAGUACACGAGAUAGCAAGUGGAAAGACUGAUCCCCCAAUUGGAGCACAAGAGAUGGAUGCCAACACUACAUACGACUGGGAGCCUCGGAAUGAGCCUCAGCCCCGCGAUGGAGGAUUUAGACCGGAAGAGCACAGUGAGCAUCGGUAA